AUGCCGUCCAAGAAGAAGGCCAGUACGCAGGUCAACGCCGCGAAGCCACAACCAUUACACGACUCCUUGAAAAGUGCGCCUGCUCCUCCGCAGCCACACUCCAAAACCAACUCCAUUCCAGCCGCCACCACAUCAGUGAACGGCGAACACCCAGCCACAAAACAAGAUUCAGAUUCGAAAACCGGGGACACAACAGAAUCUGCUGGGGAGCCUGCACCCACUCCGGCCAUCAACCGGAAAAAGCAAAAGAGACGGGAGAAAGAGGCUGCAAAAAGAGCUGCGGAGCAGAAAUCGCCAAAUGGGAUUGCUCAUGCCAGUCCGACGGAGAACGGCCGACUGCCACCUAUAAAGCAAGGCCGAGGACCGGUCAAAGGGUAUUUUACUGAAGAGGCAGAUUAUGCUGAUCCGUCGCAACCUCCUUAUGCAGAUCUUGGAAGUCCCGAAGAAGCCUUCUACAGCGGUGAUGAGGACCCAAAUUAUGGUGAAGAGGCAGAUGCGGUUCCAGAUAGCUCGUGGCUUAAUACGAGCAAGCGGAAGAAAGUGAAAAACACCAAGAACCACCUGGCUGAUUCCGACCUGUCAAGGGCUUCCACCAUGCUUUCGAGAUCCCAUAUCCCACCCUUGUCGAAUGCAGCCAUACGAGCCUCGCACAAAUUGUCCAGCGAGCAAAUCUGGAACACUUCUACGCAGGCAGAGCGAGAAAACAUAAAGCAAUUUUGGUUGGAAUUGGGUGAAGAGGAGCGAAGAUCUCUGGUCAAGGUGGAGAAAGAGGCAGUCUUGCGCAAGAUGAAAGAGCAGCAAAAGCAUUCGUGCAGUUGUUCGGUAUGUGGUCGAAAGCGGACAGCGAUCGAGGAAGAACUCGAAGUUCUAUACGACGCCUAUUACGAGGAGCUCGAACAGUUCGCCAAUCACAACACCGAUUUGUCCAGCGUCCCGCAGAUGAUGGCACCUCCCCGGCCGCCGUUCAAACGCGUCGCACACCCUAUGGCGGGCUCAUAUCCCUCGCGAGGUCGCGUACACGAGAUCGACGAGGACGAGGAAGAUCUCGAUGACGAUGAGGAGUAUGACGAGGAAGAUGAGGAAGCAUACAGUGAAGAUGAAGAAGAGCUUGACAGCCACGGCCUUCCACCCGGCCCUCCUGAUUUCUUCCAGUUUGGCAAUAGCUUGACGGUCAAAGAUGGCAUACUCACAGUCGCCGACGAUCUGCUGAAGAACGAUGGGAAGCACUUCAUAGAUAUGAUGGAGCAACUGGCAGAGAGGCGCAUGCAACGUGAGGAAGAAAUUCGUUACCCUUCUUCUACAUUAGCUCAUCGUGGUAUCCAUGAAGGUCACAAUCAUCCUCCGAUAGAUGACGAUGAUGAUUAUGACGACGAGGAAGACGACGAGGAAGACGACAGUCAGGAAGAAGAAGAUUACGAGGGCGACGAAAUGGACUCCAUGACCGAAGAACAGCGAAUGGAGGAAGGUCGACGGAUGUUUCAGAUAUUCGCUGCUCGAAUGUUCGAGCAGCGUGUCUUGACAGCCUAUCGAGAGAAGGUAGCUGAGGAGCGCCAAAAGAAGUUGCUUGAAGAGCUUGACGAAGAAAGCCGUCUCGAUACGCAGCGUGAAGCAAAGAAGGCAAAGGAAGCUGCCAAGAGAAAGGAGAAGAAGCGACUACAGAAACUUGCCAAGGACGAGGAGAAGGCCAGAAAAGACGCCGAGAAAGCGGCCCAGGAAGCAGCGGCCCGAGAGGCCGAAGAGAGGAAGCUAGAAGAGCAACGCCGGCGAAAAGAGGAGCAGCGAAAGAAACGUGAGGCUGAAAAGAAAGCUGCUGAAGAAGAACGCAUUCGAAAGGAAACGGAGAAGCUGCGGAAACAGCAAGAACAGCGUGAAAGACAAGCCGAACUAGAACGCAAACAACGCGAGGCAAAAGAGCGAGAACGCCAGAAGCGCGAGGAUGCAAAGAAGAAGGAGCGUGAGGAACGAGAAGCCAAGGAUAAAGAAGCAAAGGAGCGCAAGACUAAGGAAGACCGAGAGAAGAAGGCCAAAGAAGAGCAGGCGAGAAAGGAUAAAGAGGCAACUGUGAAAGUGGACAGGGAGGUCAAGGAUCGUAUUGGCCAGCCUCCAACCACGAAGCAGCAGCCAGUCGCUCUGCCACCAGGUCUUCACCCCCCUUCUCGCGGUUCAGGUAUACAGUCGCCUCAUCUGCAAGUCGCUACUCCCAUCGUUCCUCCGAAGGUUCCUACUCCAGGUCGAAGCCGGCAAUCAUCACAGCCAGGACAGCACUCGCAUGCGUCUUCUCCGAGAUCGCAGAAGGCCAGUACCGAGGUUUCGCGGAGCUCUGCGUCUCCCGCAACCGCGGCAAUACUGCAGACGCCUGUUGCAGGGCAUCCAGUCAAGACGCCAGGCCAACCUCCAGUCCUCCAUCAUCCGCAGCCAUCAGCUCCAAGAUCCCCCCUGAACAGUCACGGGCGUGGUCAAUAUCCGUUCAAUGUGAAUGGACUGUCAGGGUUGGGCGUCAAUGGUCCACCUAUGGGCAGUCAAGGCAUGGGUCCGAACAUAAUGCCCCCAAUGCCGAUGUACCAGGGCCCUCCAAUGAACAGUCAGCCACGAUUCAUGCCGAAUGGGAUGCAGUAUCCUCCAGGAUUUCCAAGGCCGUUCCAACCCGGUCAGCAAAUGCCGUUUGUCCCGCAGCCCCAGAGUCAAGCGCCGCCGCCGCCCAUGGUCAAUGCCCCAGCGGUCUCGAAAGCGCCAGUGCAUUCCAGACAGCCAUCUAACGACAGCGGUGCGCAACCCGCUCCAAUCGCACGGCCAGGGCCGAUUGCUCGGCCAUCCAGCACGACACCGGACAAGCAAAAACCACAGAAACCGAGGGAGGCUGAGGUAGAGCAACUAACAGCACAGCUUGGCAGCAAGGCGCUAUUGGAUGAUUCGGAUGCACCUUUCCUGGAAAACCCCGACUCUCGAAUGAAUCUUCCCCCCUUGGGCCCUCCGGGCUCUACGAGAUUGUCCUUUGCGAGUAGCUUUCCUGAGCCAAAGCAAGAGUCCUUUGGGCUAGGGAGCCCUGGAUGGGGUAGUUUCAACCCUGCCAUGAACGCGGUACCGGGCUGGGCACCGCCAGGGCCACAGCGGCCUGGUCCUGGUUGGUCGCAGCCUCCUUUCGGCGCCAAUGGACCUUCAAUCGCGAGGUCACACCUUCCUCGGCCAGUCGCCGUGCGGAUCAUGCUCGUGCAGGCAUGUCGCCAGCUGACACAAAUCCCGGGAGCUAGCGCGGACGGCUAUCACCCUGUCCAGGCUGUUCUCCGACAACUCGAGGCCCUGAAGGCACCAGGAGAACCCCCGGUGUCGAUGGAUGAGAUGCUGGGCAUCUGCGACACCGAGGGCAACUCCCAAAACGGUGGGGGUUCUUUCGAGGUGAUAAUCGAUAAAGCACGGGGCCAGGUGAUCAAGUUCGUCGAGGAUACUGCCGGUCAGCCAAGAGGCAGUGUGGGCGAGAUCGGCAGUCCUGUCCUCGGGCACAGCCAACAUGUUCAGCCCAGUCCUUUCGGCGGCAUCGGCCCAAAUAGCUUCGGCCCCCCAGGCAGGAGUUUCUAG